AUGACCCUGAGCUCGGAGAUGUCCGAAGCGUCGGCGCUGGCUGAGGAGACCGACAUCGAUGUGGUGGGCGAGGAGGACGACGAGGAGGACGACGAGGAGCCGCAGCCCCGCCGCCGCCGCCGCUCCUACGCCGAGGACGAGGAGGAGGAGGAGGAAGAGGACGAGGAGGAUGUGGGCGACCUCCACGACGACGCCCUGCUGCCGCGGUCGCCCGUGCGCGGCGGCGGCGGCGGCGGCGGCGGCGGUGGCGGCGGGGCGGGUGGUGGGGACGGUGCCGGCGGCUCUCGGCCCCCCUCCCGGGGCGGCCCACAGAAGGCGGCGGCGGGCGGCGGCGGGGCGGGCGGCGGCGGCGGCGGCGGCGGCGGCGGGGCGGGUGGCGGCGGCAAGAACAGCCUGGUGAAGCCGCCCUACUCCUACAUCGCCCUCAUCACCAUGGCCAUCCUGCAGAGCCCCAAGAAGCGGCUGACGCUGAGCGAGAUCUGCGAGUUCAUCAGCGGGCGCUUCCCCUACUACCGGGAGAAGUUCCCCGCCUGGCAGAACAGCAUCCGCCACAACCUCUCCCUCAACGACUGCUUCGUCAAGAUCCCCCGGGAGCCCGGCAACCCGGGCAAGGGCAACUACUGGACGCUGGACCCCGAGUCCGCCGACAUGUUCGACAACGGGAGCUUCCUGCGCCGCCGAAAGCGCUUCAAGCGGCAGCAGCUCCCGGCGCCCGAGCUGCUGCUGCGCGCCGUGGACCCGGCCGCCUUCCUCCCGCAGCCCCCGCCCCAGCCCCCGCAGCAGCCGCCCUGCGCCUACGGACCCUACGGCUGCGGCUACGGCCUCCAGCUCCAGCCCUACCACCCCCACUCCGCCCUCUUCGCCUUCCACCACCCCUCCCCGCCGCCCCGCCAGCCCCCCGCCGCCCCCGGCAGCGCCCCCGGCGCGGCGCUGCCCCCCGCCGCCGCCGCCGCCGCCGCGCCGCCGGGCCCCUUGCUGCCGGCGGCGGAGCUGGCACGGACGCCCUUCGGCUACGCGCACCCGCUGGGCCCGGCGCUGGCGGCCUCGCUGCACGCCGGCAAGCCCGGCAGCGGCGCGGCGCUGGCCCGCUCGCCCUUCUCCAUCGAGAGCAUCAUCGGGGGGGGCCCCGGGCCCGGCGCCGGCCCCGGCCCCGGCGCGGGCAGCAGCUGCGCCUCGCAGUCGGCCGCGGCGCCGGGGCUGGCCCGCUCGCUGGGGAGCGCCGGGGGCGGCCUGCCCCCCGCCGCCGCCCUGCCCGCCGCCCCCGGCUUCGCGGCGCGGAUUUCUAACUGUUAA